AGAAAACUUUCAGUUACCUAUGAAAAGGUUAAUUGUGUAAGCCUAUCUUUGAUUGGUGACUUGCAAUCUUUUGAAAAUGACUCACCAGUUUGUUGUAGGUUGCUAGAGUAGCCUACUUCCUAAUGUAUCUGAUUGUUAACUAGCCAGCAAGUUAUCUGAAAGUAAUUCGCUAAAGUUAGCUACCUGCCAGACAGCGACUUCAGAAAGCUGUAGUCAGUACUAACGUUAAUACUAGUCUAAAGCAAAAUUGUCAACAGGCUUUUGUCAGUCGUCUUAAAUGGUCUAAACAUCAUACUGCUGUCAUGAAUACUUCAUAGUUAGCGAAAUGUAUGACAUAGUCGUGUGUUCGCGGUUGCUAGCUUUCCGAAAUAAAAUGUACCAAGCAAUACUAGCUAACGAAUUUUUGUUACUGUUGGAUAGCUAAUUUAGUUGGAUCGCGUACUAUAGCGAUAGUGAUGGUGUUACAGUCACUGAGGUACAGGCGUUUGUGGACCGUGCUGUUUGAUAUUUGACAAGUUACAGUAUGAAUGUGGUGUUGACAGCGAGUGCGUAAUCCAAAAAUUGACGGCGUAAUCCGUUAAUCCAGUCAAAUACAUGUGCAAUGGAAACCAUCAAGGAUAUUCGACCACGCUUUGUUAUUUAAAACAUAAUCUUAUAUAUUUUAAAUAUUAAUUUGUCAUCUUAUACUAUCCACCAGGUAGAAGAUCAUUUAUUGAACACCAGGCUUUAUUGUGGACAAAAUGUAAACGUCAAAAAUAUUGAAAAGCUGGCUGCCUGGGCCCUGACUUGCCGUCUCUAAGGAAACUCAACAGCUGAUUGGACCGUUGGUCACCGUCUCGCCGUGCAGGGCGGCAGUUGGAAGCUGGAGAGAAGGGUAAAGCGGAUCAGUGAGAGGGGACAGAGGGAACUCCGGUUCUGGGGGAAGUGCAGCCCGAGGUCAAAGAGGGAGAGGAGGGUGGAACAGAGCCGAUUCCGUCAGGCCAGUGUCAGACAGGAUGGGCUAUGACAUUGAGCGGUUCGUGGGGUACGUGAACGAGGGGCUGCUGUGCUGCGUGUGUCGGGACGUCCUGGAGGACCCGCUGCAGGCGCCCUGCGAGCACGCCUUCUGCAGCUCCUGCAUUCACGGCUGGCUGGUGCACCACCACAACUGCCCUGAGGACCGCCAGUCGCUCGACGUCACCCUGCUCCGGCCCCUGUUCAGGUACAUGCGGAAUGACCUGAGCCGGCUGCAGAUCCGGUGCCGGAACCGAGACCAGGGCUGCGAGAUGGUGUGCUCGCUGGAGUCUGUGGACCGACACGAGAGGGAGUGCGAAUAUGGGCUGGUGGCCUGCACCAACACAGGUGGAGAGUACCUCUGUUAUCGAUGUGGGUGUCCCAUGCAAGUGGAGCGGCGCACGCUGGAGGCCCACCUGUCGGUGUGCGAGUUCCGGAGCCGCGAGUGUCCCAACGGCUGCGGCUACACCAUCCUCAGCUGCGACGACUCCCAGCACAGCUGCGUGGCCGAGCUGCGCACGGAGCUGGAGCUCCUUCGGUCUGAGAUGAUCUGUAAGGUGGAGGAGGUGCGGCACGAGAUGGAGUCCAGGCUGGACUCCCAGAGGAGGCACAUGGUGCAGAAGGAGAGCCUGCUGAAGAACGAGGUGGAGGAGCUGAAGGGCCAGCUCCUGAGGGUGAUGUCGGACGUGCGCGCCCUCCUGGGGGCCGAGCGUCUGCACAGGCAGGAGCUGGAGCAGGCCGAGCUGGAGAAGAGGGAGCUGCUGGAGCUGCUGAAGAGCCUGCAGAAGGAGGGGCGGGCCCCGGCCACGCCCGCCCCGCACCCCGCCGCCGAGGGCCUCCGCAAGCCCGGCAGCGCCCGCAGCCUCACCGUCGACUGCAUCAAGAGGAAGUCCCGCGAGGUCACCGUCAUCUGACACCGCCAAGCACCUCUUUCACACGCUAAAUACCAGGUGUCUGAUUGGCUGGCAUUUCACUGAAACAAUGGGGUGGAUUCAGUCAACAUCAAUAUUUAAUUUAGAAAAGAAAUGCAAGUUUUUUUCAUCUUCGCAUAUAGUUUGGAGUACAUUCUAGUCAUUGGCCAACUAUGAACUGUUACUUUGGGUAAAAAACUGAUAAAACUUUGAAGUAUUUUUAAGUAUAAAUGUUAAUUGAACUGAGGGCCAUGGGGAACGCUUUUAUGAGGUUAUGUACCUGAGGUACUUCAUGGUUUCAUUCGGUUCAGAAUUUAAAUGAAAUACUUAGCAUUUGUGUAGAAAGCAGUGCAUCUUUUAAGUCAGACAUGGCAGCACAUUUCAUACAGAUGGAGAACACCCGUGUUUUCAGUCUUAUUUGCUAUGCACAGAAUACAGGCCAUUCAGUGGUGAAUGUGGUGCGUCUGUAUAAUCUAGCGUAAAAUUAUCUUCUUUAGAAGUAAUGACAUUUCUUCUGCAUUCCAAGACGUUUCCAGUGGACCCGAGAGUGAAUGAAGAUUAGAUUCCAAAUCCUGGGAGAAGUAUGUCCUAUAACUGCCAUUUCAAUUACCUGCUGUCACUGCCAUUUGAAUCCAAAAGAAGUUCUCACACACAUACACAUACAAGCACAUUCAUUUUGCAUUGAUUGCAUUCCAGUAUCCUUUAAGUUUUAGCGCAUUGAUCAUUUUGUUACUAUAAUCAGCAUGACAAUUAUUGUGACUAUACACACGUUUUUGUGAUGAAAUCAUUUUAUUUUAUAUAUGUAUUCAUCCUUCAGUAAGUAGUCUAAUGUCCUGAUUUCAGUAUUUUUAAUCCUGUUUAGGUGAAUGCUUUAGAUUUUUUGUAUGUUGCUUGCGGUUUGCAUUCUUUCUCAGCUCAAAAACAUUUCAGUCAAUUUUACUGUUAGUCUUUAUGGAAAACCUUAGUCAGGGAUAAACUAAUGCACAUUUAAGAACUUAUGCAAUGUGUAAGGUAAUAUGAUGCAAAAUACUAACCUUAAAAUAAAAUUUGUAGAUAAAUAUUGUGUAUUUAACCAUUUUUUUUUAAAUGUAGAGGAAAACUGUUGCACGAUUACUCCUCAUUUCAACAUUUAUGUCCAGCAUUUAUCAGAUUUAAAGUUAAAUGUAAGGCACAUAUUUGAAUUUCUUGCACCUAGUCAGAGGUCUUGCAUGUGGUUGAUACCACAGAUGGUACUUUUUUUUUGUACCGAUAGAUAAUGGAGACUAGUGCAAACACCUGAGAGAACCAUAGAAUGCAGCAAAUUAAUCUGGCUGCAUGGACUGUUCCACACGUGUGGAGUGUAGUUCACACAUCUGUGAUUAUGACGACAAAAUACCUGGGUUUUCAGAGGAAAUGAAAUUCCGGUUUUUACACAGCAAAUAUUUAGUGUCACAUGAAUGUUUUGUACCAACAGGUUUUCACUUUGCACUUUUAAAAUGAGCAUAUAUUUUUGUCUACAGAUGAUUGAAGAGUCGCGACUGAAUUUGAUUGAUUGUCAUAUUUACAGUUUAAUGUUGCCUGAAUAAACUGAACCACACCCAA